AUGAGCGGGCCCGUCAACAUCGGCUCCACGGGCGAGUGGCAGUCGCUGCUCGCUGGAAACAGCGUCGUCGUCGCGGAUUUCUACGCCGACUGGUGCGGCCCCUGCAAGAUGAUCGCCCCUCACUUCGAAAAGCUCGCCAAGGACCACUCGUCUCCCAAGAAGGUGGCUUUUGCCAAGGUCAACGUCGAUACCCAGUCGGCCGUCGCCCAGACCAACGCCGUCUCGGCCAUGCCCACCUUCAAGAUCUUCCACAAGGGCAACUGCGUCGACACCAUCAAGGGCGCAAACCCCUCGGCCCUGAGCGAGGCCGUCUCCAAGGCCGUGAAGCUCGCCGGUGCCGCCGGGGGCGGGUCGGCCGAAGGCUUCAAGUCGGCCGGCCGGACCCUCGGCGACGGCAAGGCCCCUUCGGCGAGGAAGGCCAAGGCCGGCGCCGGCUUCGAGUGGAUGAGCUUCACGAGCCUCCUCAACAUGCUCAUCAAUUUCGUCGGCCUGUAUCUCGUGUCUCUCUUCUCCACGGAUGGCCGGAAGGCGGCGGAGGACUCGUACUUUAACGUCAACAAGGUCGUGUCCACCAGCAAGAAACCUUCGGCUGGAAACUCGAACCGAGUGACGAUACCGAAGUCUGCCGUCAAGACACUGGCAGACUUGGCCGCAAAGUGA